AUGGAACCUUCGCCAGAGUUGGAAUUUCCUCACGGAUCAGUGAUCAACGGAAGGUGCCAUCAACCAGGUCGGUACAAACUGCUGGGAGACGCCAUUCUUACUUGCACCAACGCCAGCUGGAAGGGAAAGCUUCCAGUCUGCAUACAGUCCAACUACUUCACGAACUACUCAGACACGGCUCCUCCAGCCUUGGAGUGGAGUAUAGCUGGUGGAAGAGGAAUGGUGGACGUCGCAGGAUCUCUGGUCCUUCUUCCAGGAUCCAUCCUGCACCUCGACUGCUUAUACCCGAGACUCCAUGGAAAUCCCAAUUGGGCUUGGACGUCGGCUUAUAGGCAGUACCCGACAGGAUGGGCCAUAAAUCGACAAGAGCGAGAGUUACGGUACCGCCUGUCCCUCUACUACGCAAAGACAGACGACUCGGGAGUGUUUACUUGCACGACUCCAAAUGGACGAGAUAACUACCUCCACAUACUGGUUAAAGAAGUGAGUUGCGCCCCUGUAAGCAGUAGUGAGCUUCUGAAGGUGGAGGGAGACAGUGUAGGUCUUGGAGACACGAUUUCCUUCAGUUGUCCUACGGGAUAUUACCUCAAUGGCCCAAAUAAGCUGACGUGCUUGCCAUCAGGUGAAUGGUCGGCACCUAUCCCCGAGUGCCUGGUGAUUCACUGCCCAGUGCUGAGCCCCUCCGACCCCAGGCUCCGGUUACAUUCGAACAACACGACAUACCUGGGAGCCUCAGUCUUCUCGUGUUUACCUGGAUUUAUGCUGGAAGGACCCGAGGUCAUUACCUGCACUGCAAACGGCACUUGGUCGUAUCCAGUGCCUACCUGCCGAGAGGUGAUAUGUGAAGAGGUAAAAGCCCCUGCACAUGGCAGCGUGAAAUACCCUCUGAGUCGGCGCGUGGGUGACUCUGUCUUCUUCACUUGCAAUCCAGGCUAUGUCCUCAGGGGCCACAGCCUGGCCUUCUGCACGCAAAGUGGCACUUGGUCACAUUCAUCACCCACCUGUCUGGAGUCCUGUAUCCACCCAGGCGAACCAGAGCACGGACACGUCUCCCCUCGUCGCCCUCGUUACCACGUGGGCGCAACUGUGCUGGUGACCUGCAAACCUGGCUACCGCCCUGCGGGUCCCGACCGCCUGACCUGCCUAGCGAUACGGCGAUGGUCAGCGCCACUGACAAUAUGCGUGCCUUCCUUCGGCUGAAUUGAACCCUCGAUGGUCGGAAGGGUGCCACGAAUAUGCUCUUCAGACGGAAGGGAAUCAAUCUGCCUCUACGGCGGAGCGCUGAGGAGGCUGCGUCACGCACAGGGAUUCAUUUCAACACAGAAGACUGAGGGGAGCAAAGGGCGUGCCGCGUCAUCUGAACAGGAACUUCCGUUGACCACUGGAGAGUGACUCGCUAAACACUGGCCGAUAUACCGCGACUUGUUCAUACAAAAUGAGUACUUGAAGGUGCAUAGUUUUUCAUUCUAUAAUUUUUCAUUUUAAAUAUUGGGCUGAGAACAUUCUUAAUUCCAUCAAAAAGACUGUAACCGAAGCAGCAGUUCCAAAGCAUUCAACUCUUAAAGGAGUAGAUACACAAUAGACUCACUAAUUUUGUUCCAAAUUAUUCUUCCUUAGAGAAAUAAUUCACAGUUGAAUGAUGCCCCGAAAAAGCUUUUUUUUUUUUUUUUUUUAAUUAAUAUAUAGAUCAUUAAAAGGAUGUAAAGAAAUUUCAUUCCUUAUAAAGAAUGGACAACUAUAAAGUUAAAGCAUCAAACUGGGGUAGUUUGCAAAAUUAAAUUUCCGUUACUGAAAUGUAAUAAAAGAUAAAAAUAAUAAUUCUCUCGAGUUCAAAUAGUCAUUUAGUUUAAUCACUUUUCCCUCGUUCAAUUAUCUCCUGACAAUUAAAAACACAGUUUAAUGUCCAAAUAGUCACAGAAUAUAAUUCUUUCAACGAGUAUAUUAAUUCGGUUUGAAGGUUCAUAUAAAAAAUAAUCUAUACCUCUUCAACAAAAUGAACAGGGAUCGAAACUUGACACGGUGAAAUAACAUCUACCUGAAAACACCACUGCAUUCGGUUACAUUAAAAAACCAUUUAAGUAAUCAAACAUCUCAUAGCAUCAAUUCUGACAGAGCGAAACGGAAGGUCACUUGUGGCCAGAGGUCUUGAAACCCAUCCGUGAAAGGAAGCCCAAUAACUAGAGAGAUAGCGCGUCAUGAAACCACACUGUUUAUAUGUAUAAUCUUAAGAUUAAAUACAAUCCAUAGUCAUCCUUUUGUACAUAGACUUUUUCUUGAGCAUCUUUAACCACUGUGUAUAUCUCUUAGUUCUACAGUACAUAGCCUUGAAGUCCCUUAUUACCAAGUCUCCUGAGAAAACAUAGAUUUCUAGAUAAACUAGGAGUGUCACCAGUCUAUCUCCAGACUCUUCUACGAUUCUGGUAACUGUACAAAGACGACAUAUCACUACGCAACAGAAACUGUCGGAAAGGGGGUAAGAGGAUGAAGAUAACUGAGAGACUGCGGAGGGAGAGUGAAGGGGAUACUGACAAAUAAUUGAAAAAAAUAAGUGACGCUGAAAAUAUAGGUGACAUUGUAAAAGUAUAUCAAAUAUAAGAAGAUAGUGAACAGUGAGUGUCAAUUGAAGUGAAAGUGAAAUGAACUGAGAGGAAAAGUUCGUCAAGCUAAUAAAAUUAAAUAAUAAAUAAAAUAAAUAAAAUAAAUGAAAUAAUGAAUAUUACAACAUAAAAGUGAAAUAACGAAUAAUUAAAGCACAAACUGAUAUACUAAAUAACACAUACUAGAGGCAAAGAAUUAAAGGGUAAUAGAAAGGGAAGAAAAUUUAUGCCAAUGAGUAAAUAAAAGAUAGUGAAAGGUAAAGGAAACCAAAGAAUGUGAGAAUAAGCCUUUUCUAGAAGAUGAGAGAAGUCCAGAGAAAUGAGAUGACAGCGGAAACCCAAUAAAAGAAGUCAAGAUGGAAAGGAAAUGAGUAGAACUGAUUCAUGAAGACGAGGAGUAGAAGAAGGGAAGUGAGGGAACAUUAAACACUAGCAUAGAAAGGCCAAGGAUAAUAAAGGACAGAGGGUGCCUAUGUAUAUGAAUAAUAAAAAAGAAAUCAUAAUGUAAUAAAAAAGUAUUAAUACUUGAUACAUAUCAGUAUGC